GAGUAAAAACUUUUUUUUUCUUUUCCUCCAUCUCUUCUCUCUCUUCGGCGUGGAAACAUCUCUGUGUCUUCACCUUGCUGCCCCGUGCCAUGCUGCCACUGCUCCCUCUCCUCUUUCCCUAGCUACUUCCUCUGUCUCGAUCUCUUGCCUACCGAAUCCUACUAUCUCUUUCUCUCUCCUCCCAUCCCGUCGCCUGUAGCUCACACGAGCCGCCGCCUCUGCCUCGCGCGUGCGCACGGGCGUCUCCCCGGCGAGCCAACAAGGGAGGAGUCGAGGAGGAGGAUUACGUAAGAGGGCGCGCGCGCUAGGCCGGACCAGGCCGGCCGAGCGGAUGGCAUGAGCCGUCGGCGGCCCGGAUGGUCCCGGCUCGGAACCUGCAGCUCCUCCGCGACGCGCAUGGCACGCCCUUCGGCGCCGCGGGCCUUGGCGUGACCACGGCGCCGAGCCACAUGGCCCAGGAGCCCAUCGACAGGCACCAGGAGCCGUCCAAGCCCCCGCCACCGCCGCCGCAGGAGAGGCAGGCGGACCAGGAGGAGCGUCACGGGAAGGCCGAGGCGCUGCCGCUCCAGCUCGCUGGCCAUCAGGAAGCUGCCGGCACCAGCGGUAGCAGCAGCGGCGGGAGCAGCGGCAACGGGGACUGGCUCCGGCUCGGCCUCGCCCCAGCGUCCCCCGGCGCUGGCGCGGGCUCGCAGGCAGGCAUCUUCGCAGACCGCGCGGGGCCGCUGCUGUCGCAACCGCGGACGGAGGUGCUGCCGCGCAUGGGCAUGCCGCCCGGGUCCUUUCUGCGCCAGGCCGUGCCCGGCAUUCCGCAGGCGUCAAUAACCCUGCCUGCCCCGCGCGCUAGGUUGCCCUGGUUGCCGCCGUGGAGCGCCGCAGCGGCCCCACCGUCGUCGCUGCUUCCUUUCGCGCACCGCGCGUUCUACACGUUCGGCGCCGGCGCCGGCGCCGGCUCGUCCGGACUCGAUACGAUCAGGGUCGUCCUGCCGCCGGCGGCCGUCGCCGCGGCCGCCAGCGUCUGGUUCGUGCUCCAGGCCGCGCCGCGCCAAGGGAGGGAGCCAUUCUUGCCUCAGAUUCCAAGAAGCUACUUACGGAUCAAGGAUGGGAGGGUGACAAUCAGGUUGUUGAUCAAGUACCUGGUUAGCAAGCUUGGAUUGGAAGAUGAAUCAGAGGUGGAGAUCACGUGCCGAGGGCGACCGCUCCUCCCGUUCCAGACCCUGCAGCAUGUCCGGGACAGCAUCUGGUGCGCUGGGGACGCCGUCUCGCCGUCGGUGGCUCCGGACAUGUCAGCCGCUAACCACCUCAUGAUUUUGCAGUAUGGCAGAAGACCGUGGUAGAGAGACAACCAACCCCGCUCUGAUGACACUCACAGAAAUGUAGAUUCUACCCCUCUUAAAUCGUUUGCCGGCACGGCUGUGACCGUACCGACAAUAGGCGGCAUGACGGACGACAAGUUCCCGACCGCCUGCGCUCAAUCGACUGCUGCUGCUGAUCAGCUGAAGAACCACAGAAGGAAAGGUGUGGAGUUUUUUUCCCCUGACGAUCGGCAUGGUAGUUUAUCAGCGCGCCGGAGGCUUUUUCUUGGCCUCCCCUUUUGUUUUCUCCACUCAAUUGUGGGAGAGAACAGCUUGGAAGUUGCCUGACAGGAUUAGAUGAGUCUGACAAGGAGCAUUUCAUUGAGUAGUGACUUCCAAGCCAUUUUGGCCUUCAGUUCACCUGAUUCACUAAUUUCAGAGCUCAGCUGUUACAUUUUGUUCUCUGCUUGCUUCUGUUCUUUGUGAUGGAAGCAGCCAAUCUUCCCCUUACUAAAGACCUAAAUUUGGCAUCUCACUAAGAAUUAUAUUUGUUCAUGAUUUAUGAGCAUGGAAAAAGCUCUACUUUUUGGUUCA